AUGGCUAGUAGUAAUCUUCGUCAGUUACAAGCUGCUCCUAACAAAAUGCAGCUAAAGAAGGAGAGACGCAUGUUCUCUACUUCUGAUGAUAGUGCUAUGAUGAAACAGGUUCAGUCCACUCAUGCACCUGAUGGUCGCGAAAUCGAUGUUAAGCCUCUUAUUCAAAUUGUUGAUGAAAUCUUGAUUCAAGUCAUUGCUCGAAGCGUCGAGGGUCAUGAACAUGUGAAAAAAGAGCAAGAGACAUUGGAAACUGCUGUUGCUUUGGCUGAAUUUGAUAUGCUUGAUGCACUCGCUUUUAUUAUUAACAAAAUUUCCUGCGAGCUAUCAUGCAAAUGCUCAGGAGGUGGAGAUGCACAUGCAUCAACAAUGGUGUUACUGAAUUACCUAUCAAGCUAUUCAUGGCAUGCAAAAGUUGUGUUAGCCUUAGCAGCAUUUGCUGUUAUUUUCGGAGAGUUUUGGCUUGUUGCUCAAUCAAGUGCUUCAAACACACUUGCAAAAUCUGUGGCUCUCCUUAAACAACUACCUGACAUCGUAGAGAAUUCUGUUUCAUUGAGACCACAAUUUGAUGCACUCAAUAAGCUUGUGAAGGCUGCACUUGAUGUUACAAUGUGCAUUGUUGAAUUCAAGGAGUUACCUUCUGAAUAUAUUUCAGAAGAUGUUCCUCCUAUGUCUGUUGCAAGUGCUCAUAUUCCUAUUGCUACUUAUUGGGUCAUUAGAAGUAUUGUAGCCUGUGCUUCACAAAUUGCAAGUCUCAUAGGGAUGAGAAAUGAGGCCAUGUCAUCAGCUUCAGAGGCAUGGGAAUUAUCUAGUUUGGCUCACAAAGUCGCUAGUAUAUACGAGCACCUCAAAAACCAACUUGCUCUUUGCUAUCAAUAUAUAGAUGAAAAGAGGCAUAUUGAGGCAUUUCACAAUCUGAUACGUCUUUUCGAGACAGUUCAUGUAGACAACAUGAAAAUCAUGAGAGCACUAAUUUAUGCAAAGGAUGAUAUCCCUCCACUUAUAGAUGGAACUUCAAAAUUAAGGGUUAGUCUUGAGGUACUAAGGAGGAAACAUGUGUUACUUCUCAUAUCAGAUCUUGAUAUUUCACAAGAAGAGAUUAUGAUACUGGAUAAUUUGUACAAAGAUGCAAGAUCGAGGGGCGAGACAUACUAUGAGAUGGUAUGGAUUCCUGUUGUGGACAAAGCAACAUGGAAUGAAGUGAAUAAGCAAAAGUUUGAGUAUCUUCAAUCAUCAAUGCCAUGGUUCAGUGUUCGCGAUCCAUUCAUUAUCGAACCAUCAGUGAUUAAGUAUAUCAAAGAAGUGUGGAAUUUCACAAAGAGAGCUAUUCUAGUAGCUCUUGAUCCACAAGGUAGAUUGUCCUCCCAAAAUGCUCUUCAUAUGAUAUGGAUUUGGGGAAAUUUGGCAUUCCCUUUCACAAGUGAGAAAGAAGAAUCCUUGUGGAAGCAAGAGAUUUGGAGCCUUGAGCUUCUUGUGGAUGGCAUUGAUCCCGCAGUUUUAGACUGGAUGACAGAAGGAAAAAUCAUAUGUCUAUAUGGAGGAGAAGAUCUAGAGUGGAUAGAAACGUUCACAAAAACAGCGAUGAACCUAGCAAGAACAAGCAACUUCGAUUUAGAGAUGGUAUACGUAGGAAAAAGCAAUGCAAAAGAGCGAAUGCAGAGAAUGAUAACCACCUUCAACUCAAAAAGAUUCAGUUACUUUUUCCCAAACGUGACAUCGAUUUGGUUCUUUUGGGCAAGACUCGAGAGCAUGUUAUACUCAAAACUACAACACGGAAAGACAGUUGAAAACGACAAGAUCAUGAGUGAAGUUAUGACAGUGCUUAGCUUCGAUGGAAGCGACCGAGGGUGGGCGAUAUUCUGUAGAGGACCAUCUGAAAUGGCAAGAGCUAAAGGUGAUACUGCUUUAACAAGUUUGAGAGAUUUUGAUAAAUGGAAACAUAAUAUUGAACAAGAUGGUUGGGUUCCUGCAUUGAAUGAUUAUAUUAAGGAAAUUCAACAGCCGCAUCAUUGUAAUCGGCUUAUUCUUCCUGGCAGUACUGGUGGAAUACCCCAGAAAGUUGUUUGCGCUGAAUGCGGUCGUCAAAUGGAGAAAUAUUUCAUGUAUCGUUGUUGUGUGGAGUGA